UAUGACAUUUGUAUUGCAGAAGCAUUGAGCUAAGCACAGUGAAUAGCCCGUGGACCCCGAGGGCAGCAACAUUAAAUAGACUCCUCAUUUUUUUUUUUUUUUUUAUCCUGACACGGACAUGGCAAAAGGGAAGCAAGGUGUGCUGAGGACCGACAAAAAGACCGAGAACACUGUUGAAAAUAAAGUCCCUUCUCGGGGGGAGACAAAGGAAAACAAACCGGCAACAAACAAGACUAGCGUAGGUGAAGUACAAACCAAUUUCCUGAGCGUACGGAGUCCAAGCAAACCCAGAUCCCCUCUGAGCGACAGCUCGAGCAUGCUGAUCCAGGAGGGAAAUGACUGUGGAGCCAGCCACCCCGACGUGCCCAAGUUAAAAAAAGAAGUGCCUAAUGAAAUAAAAUCGGAGAGUUGUGAGUCCAAAGAACAGAAGGCUGAAAUGGGUUGUAAGAGUCACGGGAUCAAAGAGCAAGCCACUGAACAACUUGAGAACAAAACGGCACACACAAAUGGCAGAUCUGCAGCCGAGGUCAAGGUGCUAGCCGCCAAACCUCGGAGUAAAACCGGUCGCAAACCAGCAGCAAAAAAGUCUGAAAAUCCAGCUCCUCAAAACAGGAAGGUCACAGACUAUUAUCCGAUCAGACGGAGUAACAGAAAAACGAAAUCAGAGAUAAAGAGUGAAGAACACAAACACCUUGAUUACCUGAUAAAGAAUGACAUUGAAGAAGGAUUGCAGAUCAAAAACAUAGAAGGAAAAGGAAGAGGGAUAUUUGCUGCCACGGGUUUCAACAAGGCCGAGUUUAUCGUGGAGUACCACGGAGACCUACUGGAGCUAGCCGAGGCUAAAAAGCGAGAGGCCAAGUACGCUCUGGAUCCCCAAAAAGGCUGUUACAUGUACUACUUCCAGUAUCAUACCAAAACCUACUGUGUGGACGGUACAGAGGAAACGGGCCGCCUGGGAAGACUCAUCAACCACAGUAAGAAUGGAAACUGCCAGACGAGGCUUCAUGCCAUCGAUGGAAGCCCUCAUCUGAUCCUGGUGGCGUCCAGAGAGAUCAAGGCAGAGGAGGAGCUGCUGUAUGACUACGGGGACCGGAGCAAAGCCUCAGUGUUGGCUCACCCAUGGCUCAAAUACUGAACCCUUCAACACGUGUGUUCAUAUUUCAGAUGACUUGGUGCUCUCUGCGGUCCUAUUGGGCUUUAUGUGACAGAUGCUUUGGAUCAGCAGGCCUCAAAAUGCUUUUAUAAAUAUACAAAAUGUUUUUGUUUUAAAUGAGGGCUAAUGAAUCAACAAGUGGAUUUUUGUCAGUGUUUUAUCAUGCUUUUAUUUUUGUUAUGUAUUUGUAGCAAACUGAUGCAAGCUUGAAGUGGAUUUCUCCUGACUACGUAGUGUUUUACACUAUCAAUGAGGUUUUCUUUAAGAAAUGAAUAUAUUUAACAAUUCAGUUUCACUUUUGUAAAUUGUUACCUGUGCUGUAAACGAAGGAAUAAAACCCUGUUAUUUGUAUUCCUGCUGUUGGUGGUAAAGAAGGCAUAUUCAUGAAAUACUGUGCUCUUUAAAAGACACCCUUUUCCACUUAUUUUGACCCGUAUCUGGUACUUGUCUGUGUGGAGAUGUGGGGGCAGUAGUUAGGUAGUAUGCACCAUAGACUGUUUGUGUAACCUAUAAGCUGUCAGGCUGCCCAAUAUUCAGUCAGUGAGGAUGAAGAAGUUGGUCGAUAUGUUGUGAGUGCACGUGAUGAAUUUCAACAAUGUUUCUUUUGUUUGCCAGUGCUGCACACUUUACUAAAUGAACAAUCUAUUUUGUUUUACUUUACAAUGAGACGCCCACAGCUUUAAAGAGAAAAAGUAUGACAACUUUUUAUAGUAUCUGGGUUUUGAAGACUUGAUUGAAUAAAAGUUUUGUUCAUC